AUGGCCACCCCUGUCCCUCCCAACAAGAACCCGACUCCGAAGGAGUACCUUCCUCCUCCCCCCACGCCGGAGAUGAAGCAGCCCGCCGACUACAAGAAGACGCUGCAGGCGCACAAGGACCACCGUGUCGUGUCCAAGUGCUACGAGUUCUUCAAGGCAUACAGAGAAUGCAAGAAGAACUGGCAGGAGCAGAGGAAGCGUGAUCGGUCAUCAUAG